AUGAAUCCAUUUGAAAAUGCCGUGCCGAAAGAAGAAAAUUCUGAAGAGAAAAAAGUUUACGGCUCUUGUAACGCUAUAAGAAUGGCAUUGCUGGAAAGAGGUUGGGUUGAAAAAAUACCAGCCAAUAGGAUGAAUUUGUCCAAAAUAAAAAAUGGAACGUAUAGCACCAAAUCCGAUAUACACAGGGAAUUAGAAAGACUACUCUUAUCAAAUCUAGUUGAAAAGUAUCCACCUAAUUUUAUUUGGCGCACAAGAGACGAACUUCGCAGUAGUGUCAUCGAUAUGACCAAAGAAUGUCCAACUAUUAUUAACAAAUUGAAAACGGAUGCUCAAUGGACAUCAAAGCAGGGUUUAUGUUCAUCGAUGAAGAGGAACUACUGGUUCUAUAUUGAAGACUUGGCCGAGGUUAUUGGGCCUCGCAGCUAUAACACAAGUGACCCUGGUGAAAUAGAAGGAUUUGUUAACGAUUACAAAAUUACCGCUUGUACUAGCUUGUUGAAAUGGAUUUUGUCAAUGGUAGCUAACGAAAGACCAAUAUUUGUAGAAACUGGAAAGAUUUCUUUGAACGUUGUGCUAUUCGCCUUGAUUGUGAUCGACUUUCCUAGAAAUUCAAAAUCGCCAACAGGAAGAUUUGAAUGUAUUUAUCGGCAACCAAUGACUAUACCUAGAUACGGAGGAGCAUUGGAUCUGUUUGUACGUGGCGUUUCUUUACCACACGAUUACUUCUACAAGGGCAAUAUUGAUCUCAGGGAAUCUUAUGAUUGCGAUGUAGACAUGGACAAAGUAAAUAAUAUCAAAGCCAUUUUAGACAAAAUAAAAGACAAGUACGACUCAGACACAGUAAUGAAAGAGCCUGAAGACGAUAGUAACACGACUGCAAAAAAAGAAAAAGAAACCACCACACGCCAUUCACGAUCUGAAGACGAACUUAACGUAGCAGCGAGUGUAAUUACAGGACAGCUGGAAGAGCUUUUGGAUAGAAUCGUCUCCAAUCAAAGUUUCAGUUUAAUUAAUCUAGGACACCAAAUUCGCUCAUUGUCAAGCCCUGUUUACAUAACCCAACCACAACCCGAUAAAAGUAUAAAUAAAAUAAUGAAAAAGUCCUUGAGUCUUAAGACACCUGUUAAGCCUAUUACCGUGAAUAGUGAACGAACAUUUCAAUUUAGUGAACUCGAUGAUGGCCCUACUGACAAGGGCAGUUAUGUUGGCUUUAGCUCUUCUAAAAAGACUUUCAAUGACAUUAGUGAACUUGAAGUCGUAAGAUUAUUAAGUAGAUCUAAAAGUAAAGAAAGCACAACAUCUACUUCUAUAUCGACAGAAAAUAUGAUAGAAGCCACAACCAAACUCAUUAAUUUUAUAAAUCAAAAACAAAAAGAAUAUUUUUCAGAAAACAAUUUACAAAGGUGA